AUGGAUCCCCGUGGCGGCCCGUACCAUCGCCAUCCGGCCCAGCAUGGCUACCAGCUAGACGACAACCCGUACGGCCAGCAUCCGUCCAACCUCGACAUGCCUCAAGGCCCGCCCGCCAGGUACGGCUCCCCGGGAGUCUACCAGCAACAGCAGUAUGGCGCUCAGAUGGAUCGCAUGGGCACCCCUAGCGACCACCUCGCUUUCAACCCCCCGCAAUCCGUCGACAACCUCUCCGGGUAUGGCGCUGGCAGCCAACACUCCGGUGACUACGCCGUGAACCCGGAAGCCCACCACGAUGCCUACUAUAACCAGCCCUACCAGCCGAGCCCGAGUCCCGUUGACCACCAAGCCUACGAGACCGACCCGCGCCGCCCGAUGCUGGGCCAGGGCGGAGACCUCGGCGCCUCGGACGAACCCUACGAAGACGCUCCCGUUCAGUCUGGAGGUCUGAGACGAUGGAAGACGGUCAAGCAGGUUCUCCUCUACCGCGGCAACCUCGUCCUCGAUUGCCCUGUGCCUCCCAUCAUGCUCCAGCAGAACCCCCACGGCGAGCGCGACGAGUUCACCCACAUGCGCUACUCGGCUGCCACCUGCGACCCCGAUGACUUUUACAACGAGAACUUUACCCUGCGUCAGAAGCUAUUCAGCAAGCCGCGUCAUACCGAAAUCUUCAUCGUCGUCACCAUGUACAAUGAGGAUGAUGUCCUCUUCGCCAGAACCAUCAUUGGCGUGUUCAAGAACAUCGAGUACAUGUGCAACCGACCCAACAGCAAGACCUGGGGCAAGGAUGCUUGGAAGAAGAUUGUCGUCUGUGUCGUCAGCGAUGGCCGCUCCAAGAUCAACCCCCGUACCCGGGCUCUUCUCGCCGGUAUGGGUGUCUAUCAGGAGGGUAUCGCCAAGCAGCAGGUCAACAACAAGGAUGUGACAGCCCACAUCUACGAGUAUACCACCCAGACCCACCCGGUGCUCAAGAAUAACGUUGUCUCUCUCGUCCACCGUCGCCAGCCCGUUCAGAUGCUCUUCUGCCUCAAGGAGAAGAACCAGAAGAAGAUCAACUCGCAUCGUUGGUUCUUCUCGGCUUUCGGGAAGGUUCUAGACCCCAAUAUCUGUGUCCUUCUCGAUGCCGGUACGCGUCCUGGUGGUAGCUCCGUCUACCACCUGUGGAAGGCCUUCGACCUCGAGCCCAUGUGCGGUGGCGCCUGUGGUGAGAUCAAGGCCAUGCUGGGAAAGGGCGGCAAGUAUCUCCUGAACCCUCUGGUUGCGACGCAGAACUUUGAAUACAAGAUGAGCAACAUCCUCGACAAGCCGCUCGAAUCUGCCUUUGGCUUUAUCUCUGUGCUUCCCGGUGCCUUCUCGGCCUACCGGUACGUCGCCUUGCAGAACGACAAGAAUGGCCAAGGUCCGCUGCAGAAGUACUUCCUCGGUGAGACGCUGCACGGCGGAGCCAAGGCCGGCAUGUUUGAGUCCAACAUGUACCUUGCCGAGGAUCGUAUCCUCUGCUUCGAACUCGUCUCCAAGCGCAACUCCCGCUGGAUCUUGCAGUACGUCAAGUCGGCUACGGGUGAGACCGAUGUGCCCGACACUGUCACCGAGCUGGUCCUCCAGCGACGACGUUGGCUCAACGGCUCCUUCUUUGCCGCCAUCUACUCGAUUGUUCACUUCUACGACUUCUUCCGUUCCGGUCACUCUAUUCUGCGCAAGUUCGCUCUGCUCGUCGAGACCAUCUUCAUGGCCGUCAACAUGAUCUUUGCCUGGUUUGCUAUCGGCAACUUCUUUUUGGUCUUCAAGAUUCUCACGACAAGUCUCGGCUCCGACGAUCUGCUUGGUAGGACUGGCGAGAUCUUGGGUGUCAUCUUCACCUGGGUCUAUGGCACCUUCCUCGUGACCUGCUUUGUUCUGUCUAUGGGUAACCGUCCAGCCGGAUCUGGAAAGCUCUACACAGCCAUGGUCUGGUUCUGGGCUGGCCUGAUGAUUUACCUCAUGUUUGCGGCCGUCUUCAUUGCCGUGAAAGCCAUUAUCAAGGAUGUCAACGACGAGGAUGGCUUCACUGUCGAUCAGCUCUUUAAGAACGAAGUCUUCUACACGCUCAUCGUUUCAGUCAUGUCCACCUUUGGAAUCUGGCUCAUUGCCUCCCUCCUCAUGUUCGACCCGUGGCACAUGUUUACGUCUCUGCCGCAGUACAUGCUCCUGACCCCGACAUACACCAACGUCCUCAACGUCUACGCCUUUUGCAACACGCACGAUGUCUCGUGGGGUACCAAGGGUGACGACAAGGCUGAGAAGCUGCCGUCGGUCCAUACCAAGGACGGAACGGCCAAGACAGACCUCCCCGACGAGGGAGACCUCAACGCCCAAUACCAGCGCGAGCUGACUGUCUUCAGCACCAAGUACAAGGAGGUCAAGCAGGAGCCGACCGCGGCCCAGCAGCAGGAGAAGCAGCUGGACUACUACCGUGGUGUGCGCACCGGUGUCGUCCUCAUCUGGAUGAUUUCCAACUUUGCGCUGGCGGCUGUGGUGCUGAGCUCCGGAGGACUAGACAUGAUUGUGUCGGGAAAGGAGGCGUCUGACGACGAUGAGACAGAGAGGAGUAACGUCUACAUGGCAAUCGUCCUAUGGAGCGUCGCUGCACUGAGUGCCUUCAAGUUCCUGGGAGCCUGCUGGUUCUUGAUUGUUCGCAUGUUUAGGGGUGUCUGA